AUGCUGCCUUCACCUGUUGCAGCGGCAGACUCGCAUGAAGAGGUGAGAGGCACGAGAAAGCGAGCGUGCUCGGCGGACGUUGCAUGCUGCUGCACGUCCUUCUCAUCUGAGGGCUCGGUUGCCGCAGACCUUCUGGAUGAAUCAGUUGAAUGCCGCAUCCUGGAGGAAACAGGGGUGAGAAGGCUGCCAUGGUACGAAGAGCUGAUCAAGCAAGCUCCAAAUUGCGAGUCUGACUGCCGUGACUGGAAGGCAUGGGCUAAUUGCGGAGCUGCUCUUUGGCACUUGGGCGAGAAGAAGGCCAGCUGGGAUGCCUAUUCACGUGCUGCUCAUGCACUUCAUGGCUUCCGUGUCGAGUUGACUUCGUGCCAACUUCUUGCGGAUCCAACUGUUGGAAAGUACUUGAGCGCUUUGGACCGUGAUUUUCGAACAGGGUCUUGGGCGUCUGAUGAGGCGGCGGAUUUGGCGCUCUUUGCUGUGCUGGCAACGCGCAACCGCGCAGCCGAAAUCUGUACAGAAAUCUGGCAUGAGCGCCUUCCAAAUCAUUACUUCGCUGCCAUGCAGGCAUUGUGCAGAAGACUAUGCGCUCCUAGCCGUCCUCUUCGGCAGGUGUGCCCGGAUGAUUCGCGUAUGGACCUCAUGAAAGGCAACUGUCUAGCUUUGCUUCUAGCACCUGACAACCUCUUUGCAGCAGCCGACGCAAAACGAGCAAGGCUGCACGAGCGAGUCUUCGACAUGAUCGUGCAGGUGGACGUCGCGGACACUGGGGGCUGCUUGCGUCUGACGCUGAUCGAGUUGAGCAAUCUCGAUGGGGAGAUCCCAGGACCAGGAGCGCCAGAGAAAGAUGCAUCCGACGGCUGGUCCAAAAAGUCGGGCUGA